AUGGUUGCCCUGAAAUCAUCCAAUGUCUCGAUAAACGAGUUCUUGAUCGAUAACAUAAAUCCAUUGCAAAAAAUAUACGUUGAAUACGCUCCUCAUGGUAGCCUUGCAAAUCUCAUCAAAUCAAGACCACUUCAGAACAACAAGUACGAGGCUACACGAAGUGCAUACUCACAAAGGGCAGGUUGCAUGCAUAGGAAAGGUUAUGUGCAUUGCGAUACAAAACCCAAGAAUAUUUUAGUUAUGAGUUCUUCCGAGGUUAAAAUUACUGAUUUUGGAUCUGUGAAGCUAUCGAAUCAGAAGGGGGGAGUACUUGGACGUUACAGCAUACGGGGCACACGGCAGUUUAUAGCACCAGAGUGCUUGGCGUGCCAAGAAUAUGAGUCUAAAUUUGAUCUUUUGUGUCGAGGAUGUGUGGUACUUGAAAUGAUUACAGGAAAAGCUGUGACGGAUCCUGAUGAAGAUGUCGAAGUGCCGGAAUUAUCUUGA